AUGCAUUUCAACCUCCUCACCCUUGGCGCCCUUGCCACCACCACCAGCACCCUUGCCCUCCCCGUCCUCAGCCCUGCCAAACGCCAAGUCGAAAACACCCUCCAAAUCGUACAAGCCACCUACAAGCAAGUUACGCAAUACACCUCAGCCAUCAACUCGACUCUCGACGCAAUCCACGUCGAAGGCGUCUCGGCCGCAGGCAUCGACGUCGCAAGCGUGCAAGAAACCGUCAAAGGAGAAAUUGCCAGCAUCGUGAAAAUUCUCGACUCCGUACUCGAUGUCACGUCGGAUUUGACCGUGGUGGACGACGUGGAUCGUGUGCUAGAAGUUGUGACGAGUGCGACAGAGGGUGUACCAGCCGUCUCCUCCUUGGAAUCUGCAAUUCUGAAGCGUCUCGUUGCGGACGUGGACUCUGUUGUUGGCGUCAACACGGAAGAGCUCACCAAAGACCUCCUUCCUCUUUCUGCUGUGGUGGAGGCUCGCGACUUGGUUUCCGCACCUCUCGACUUGGAAUCGCUCCUCGACACGGAGUCCCUCGUCGAGGACUUGCCUGUGGUUGGAAAACGCCAGUCGGUCGCGGAUAUUUCCGGUGUGACUGGCUAUGCUACUGCUAUGGUUUCGGAAAUCACUAGCACCGUGGGAGAGGUUUCGAAGGUUGUUCCUGGUGUUGAACUCGGCGACUCUAUUCCUCAACUUUCCGUGGCAAUCACCACUUUCAUCACCGAUCUCGACAAUGUUGUUGAGGGUGUGGAAGUUGCUGUGACGAAUGUGCUCAAGAACGUUCCCGUGUCCGUCAGCGUUCUCGACACGACGAUUGAGGCUUAAACGUUGCGUGUGUGGCAAAGGGAAGUAAUCAAUUAGUGGGAUGAGCAGAGAUGGAAAGAGAUGCUUUGGAUGCUUCUUUCUUUUGAUGCAGUAAGCCUACACACAUGACCUUACUCAUCACUACCUGCCUACUUGUAUAUAUAUAUCAGCAUAGUAGGCGAUGUUCAGCAUGUCUGAUGCAUGAUGAUCGGACACAUGAUAGGAUAUGUCCUAGUGGACAUUCGGACGAGGUUCCUGCAUAGUGUAAUACAGUUCUAUUGUACAUUGGAUUGGUCACCAUUGGCCAC